AAACAAACUACCAGUAGUAGUAUCAAUCAACGAAUCAUCAUAACCAAACCAACACAUUUCAUGUGAAUCAUAACGCACCAACUCUACUGCGCCCGUACGUGCGGAGGAGGGUCUUCUUGGCGCCAAUAUUAAUUAAUGGUUAUGGUGUCCGGCGGCGGCGCGGGCGUGUCGGAGUCGGAGGUGGUGACACUGCGGUUCGCCCGGCAGGUGGUGGCGGGGCGGUGGUUCAUGGCGCUGGCGUGCCUGCUCAUCCUGUCCGCGUCGGGGGCGACCUACGCCUUCGGCGUCUACUCCACGGCGCUCAAGUCGUCGCUGGGCUACGACCAGCGCACGCUCAACACGCUCGCCUUCUUCAAGGACCUCGGCAGCAACGUCGGCGUCGUCGCCGGCCUCCUCAACGAGGUCGCACCGCCCUCGGCCGUGCUCGCCGUCGGCGCCGCCAUGAACCUCGCCGGCUAUCUCAUGGUCUACCUCGCCGUCGCCGGCCGGACCGCGCGCCCGCCGCUCUGGCUCAUGUGCGCCUACGUCUGCGCUGGGGCCAACUCGCAGUCCUUCGCCGGCACCGGCGCGCUCAUCACCUGCGUCAAGAGCUUCCCAGGGAGCGGCCGCGGGGUCGUGCUGGGCCUGCUCAAAGGCUACGUCGGCCUCAGCGGCGCCAUCCUCACGCAGCUCUACCUCGCCAUCUACGGUGGGGACGACUCCAAGUCCAUCCUGCUGCUCAUCGCAUGGCUCCCCGCAGCCGUCUCCGUCGUCUUCCUCCCCGUCGUUCGCGUGAAGCCGCCGCCGCCUAGACGAAACGACGAUGGAGCUUUCUUCUGCUUCCUCUACAUCUCUGUCGCCCUCGCCUCCUACAUACUCGUGAUGAUCGUGGUCCAGAAGCAGAGCAGCUUCUCGCACGCUGCCUACGCCGCGUCGGCCACCGCGCUGCUCAUUCUCCUCAUCCUUCCCCUGCUCUCCGUCGUCGUCCGGCAGGAGUACUACCACUACUACUACUGGCUCAAGAAGAGAGAGCUCCAGCAAGAGCCUCCGCCGUCAUCGACAUCGACAUGGGUGACCGUCGAGAAGCCAAGCGCUCAAGUCGUGCAGGUGGCAGAGCGUCCGCCGCCGUCUUCUUCUUGCCUCGGCUCUUGCUGGAAGCACAUGUUCAACCCGCCGGCGCACGGGGAGGACUACUCCAUCCCUCAGGCGCUGGUGAGCGUGGACAUGCUGGUGCUGUUCUUGGCCACCAUCUGCGGCGUGGGCGGGACGCUGACGGCGAUCGACAACAUAGGGCAGAUCGGGCAGUCGCUGGGGUACCCGGCGCAGAGCAUCAACACCUUGGUCUCCCUCGUCAGCGUCUGGAACUACGCCGGGCGGGUCACGGCCGGGUUCGCGUCCGAGGCCCUGCUGGCGCGGCACGGCGUCCCGCGGCCGCUCGCGCUCACGCUGGUGCUCCUCCUCUCCUGCGCCGGGUACCUACUCAUCGCCCUCGCCGUGCCACGGUCGCUCUACGCCGCCUCCAUCAUCGUCGGCUUCUGCUUCGGCGCGCAGUGGCCGCUCAUCUACGCCAUCAUCUCCGAGGUGUUCGGGUUGAGGUACUACGCCACGCUCUACAACCUGGGCGCCGCGGCCAGCCCCGUGGGCGCCUACGUGCUCAACGUGUGCGUCGCCGGGCGGCUCUACGACGCGGAGGCGGCGAGGCAGCGCGGGGGCGGCGAGAGCAGGACGUGCAUGGGCGUGCGUUGCUUCAGGGAGUCGUUCCUCAUCGUGACGGCCGUCACCGUGGGCGGCGCGCUCGUGUCGCUGGUGCUGGUGUGGAGGACCUGGAGCUUCUACAAGGGAGACAUCUACGCCAAGUUCAGGGAUGCCGUGGCCGUCCAGGAGUCAUCCGACGGUGCUUGCGCGGUUGAGCAGCGGCCGCACGAGUCGAGUCAACACCCGUAAACAGGAAGCAUAAAACCUGUACUGCUAGACUCACGAACGGUUUUAGGUCUCAAUUGACCGGGACUUGAGCAAAUCUAAGUCAAAUGAUAUGACAUGUAAAAAAUGAAAAAAAAAGCUAAAAUGAAAAAUUUGCAUGGAUCUUCACAUCAGAUCCCACGAAUAUAACAUCGGCUAAGGCUUGUUUAAAUUUCAGUCGACUGAGAUUUAACAAAUCAUGUUCCCCGCCGCCCGCCCCGCGCCCCCAUGCCUCUGACCGCGCCGACCUCGUCCACCCGCGGUCAGCGUCGUUGCCCCGGCCUAGGCGAUCCAAAGGGAAGUGACUCGUCCGCAGCGG